ACUUUUCCACACUCUCUCUCACACACAAAACACACGCGAAAAAUUAAAAUAACGGAAAAGAAUUUUCAUUUUCUCAGUCCUCAUAAAAACACUCCGAUCACCGGAUGAAAUCUCCGGUGACGGAGGCUGGAACGCGGAAUUGCUGUAAUAUUCUUCCAACGGAUACCAAUCCCCAUGGAUUCCCCUGAGAUCAUUAAGGGAGAGCAGAGGAACCGGAAGAAGGAGAAGACUAGUCUUCGUCUCGCUCUUUUUCGUUCCAUUUUUGCCGUCGCUUUCUCGCUGUUAAUCUUCCUGUUACUUUCUUUUUCUGUACUGUACGUAGCUGUUUUGAUCGGGAAUUUGGCGAUUUGGAGCCCGAUCUCUGUUCACUCCCGUUGCAGAAUAGUCUCUAGCAGUGUUGAUCUGAGGUCAUCUAAGGUCUGUGAAUUGGGUCUGUUAAAUUAUAAAGCCAAGCAUGUAUUUUAUCCAUUCGAACGAAAGAAAUAUCGGUGCCAUUAUGAUUACUAUUGGGCUUCUGUUUUUAAGGUUGAAUACAUAGAUCAUUCAGGACAUGCAAGAUAUGCGUUAGCUGAGGCCCCAAAUGAAGCCCUCCCAAACAACUGCAGACCCAGUUUUGGUGCUGCAUGGUUGACCAAAGAUAAAUUUAAGGUGAAUGAAACAUAUGAGUGCUGGUACACGCUGGGCAUUUCUAAAGUGAACAUAAAUCAUGAAGGUUUGUUUAACUGCCAAGCUGAGGACCCUACUACUGCUGAGAUGCUUAAACGAUAUUCCAUACUGUUUACAAGGAUAUUAAAGCCCUGGUUUUUCAGUUGGGGAUCAGUAAAUCAGUGGAGAUGGGAUGUAAUAGCUGGACUUAUUACUGGCUUCACAACUUCUUUGUUAUCCAUUACCUUGAUUGGACUUCUACGGCCAUUGAUAUCAAUUACUCGUCGAAUCGUUGCAUCUUGGACAUCGGCCCCAUAUCCAAGUACUAUUCUACUAAAACGAGCUUGUUUCUUUGCAGUGUAUUUCUCCUUUAUGAGUUGGGUAACCAUUCAGUAUGUUAAAAGGCUUGGCCUCUCCUAGACAAGUAGUUAUAUGCAUUAGGAUGCACUCGAUUUUCCAGCAGUGCCAUACACAAGCAGGUAAUCUGCAUCUCUCUGAAGCAUGAAAUAAUGUAACAUUUUUGUAUCAGUAUGAAUAGUUUCAUUAGCAAGUGGUCCACUUGUUCAAUUUUAGGUGUCUACGAGGACCAUAUAUGUACAGUUACUUGUAAAACUGUUGUCAUAUAAUAUAGCGCUGUGGAUUCAUGAAGCUCAUGUUAAAGAACCGUUUCUUCUUUGAUAAUA